UAAAAUAAAACAUUUUCGGCUUUGCCCAAAAUCCUAAAUGCCGACUUGCGUUGUGACAUUCCGAUUAGUAGAGAACUUGAAGAGGAAUUUUCAUAUUUAUUAAAUUUGUAUGUACGUACAUAUCUAUAAUAGAUGGAGUGUUUUGAACGUAAUUCAAUCAAUUGCGUCUGAGCAAGAGCAACGAUAUGGAUGCAGCAGUUGUGGAUAUUUUACAUAAGGCUGGUAGCCAAGACCCAAAUGUACUCAAGCUAGCUGAGCAGACUCUGAAAGAGUGGGAAACGCAACGUGGAUUUUACACAGCAUUAUUCAAUGUUUUUUCGAAUCAUUCCUUGGACAUUAAUGUAAGGUGGAUUGCUAUAUUGUAUUUCAAGAAUGGCGUUGACCGAUACUGGAGGAGAAAUGCGCCAAAUGAAAUAGCUGCAGAUGAGAAAGAGUUCCUUCGACAACAUUUGAUUGCUGAUUUUAACGAGCCUGUCAAUCAAUUGGCUGUACAGCUGGCAGUCUUAAUAGCGAAAAUAGCUAGGUAUGACUGUCCCAGAGAGUGGGGCACAUUGGUACCAACUCUUUUAGAAGGAGUAAGGGGAGAGAAUCCAUUGACACAGCAUAGAGCGCUGUUGACACUUCAUCACGUUGUCAAAACUUUAGCAUCCAUAAGAUUAGUUGCAGACCGAAGGUUGUUCCAGGAAUUAACAGCGAACGUGUUUAAUUUCAUUUUAAAUUUAUGGAACACUUAUACCGAGUCAUUUCUCGUAUUAGCAUCAAACUCAGCUAGCCCAAAUCAAAUUCAAGAGGCAUUAGAAAAAGCUUUGCUUUUGUUGAGAAUCCUCAGAAAAUUGGUUGUCAGUCCAUUUAACAAACCGUCCGAAUCUCAAGAUGCUAUGAUGUUUCUAAAGGUUGUUUUUGAUCGAGCACGGAAUAGCUUGGAGUGUAGGAAAACUUUAAUUUCACGUGGAAUACAAUUGGAUGUGUGCGAUAAAUUUAUAAUUCACCUCACGAAAGUUCUGAUAGGAGUCCUGGAAAUACAUCCGUUCUCCUAUGUCGAACUCAUACCAACGUCAUUAGAGUUUUCUGUUUUUUAUUGUUUCACUGAAACUGGUCAAGAAUUGGCAUUCGAAAGGUUUGUCAUACAGUGCUUGAACCUCAUGAAGGGAAUAUUGCUAUGCAGUGACUACAGGCCUGCGAAAAUUAUACAAGAAACAAAAAAUCCUCUUACUCUGAGGGCGUAUCAAUUACGACAAGAAUUUUUCACAGUCGAGACGCUGACUGAAAUUUGCUCAAGAUUGGUCACACAUUACUUCGUUUUAACUCCAGCUGAUUUAGAACAAUGGGAUUCCGAUCCUGAAAACUUUGUUGUUGAUGACGGCGGAGAGGCAUGGAAAUACAGUUUGAGGCCAUGUACAGAAUCGGUGUUUUUGGCUGUUUUCCAUCAAUUCAGGGAUGUUCUUGCCUCCGUCCUAGUGGAACUAAUGCAGAGUCACCAUCAGCCUGUAGAUCCUAAUAAUUUACAUGCCAUUCUUCUGAAAGAUGCCGUUUAUAAUGCUGUUGGUCUGGCAGCAUUUGACUUAUAUGACGAGGUGAACUUUGAUCAGUGGUUUUCAACUACUCUGAAACAAGAACUGAAAGUUGUAAGCAACAAUUAUAGGAUAAUUAGAAGACGCGUAUGUUGGCUCAUUGGACAAUGGACUGGUGUAAAACUGAGUCCAGAGCUGAGACCUGAAUUGUACAAAUUGAUGGUAGAAUCGCUGAACCCUGAAGAAGACCUUGGAGUAAGAUUAGCAGCAAGCGAUGCCUUGAAAUUGGCGAUUGAUGACUUCCAAUUUCACACUGACGAAUUUUCACCUUACCUAGAGCCUGCAUUUUCGUUACUAUUUGCUUUGCUGAAGGAGGUCCAUGAGUGUGAUACAAAAAUGCAUGUUUUAUAUGUAUUAUCAUUCAUGAUCGAGAGAGUGGGCUGUGGAAUAAGACCACAUGUAGGGGCGUUGAGUGUCUACAUACCAGCUCUGUGGCAACAAUCAGAGGAGCACAACAUGCUCAGGUGUGCAAUAGUAUCCACCCUGGUACAUCUCGAGAAGGCUCUUGGAUCUGAAAGUGUUGCAUUGCAGCCAAUGGUUGUGGGUGUAGUGGCGAUGAGUUGUGACCUAACACAAGAUGGUCACGUUUAUUUACUGGAGGAUGGACUAGAGCUGUGGUUAGCACUCCUUGAGAAUGCCCCUGCAUCUACCCCUGCGAUAAUGGAGCUCUUCAGAAACAUGCCUGCCCUAUUAGAAAGAUCCGCGGAAUACCUAAGGCUAUGCUUGUAUAUAGUACAGGCGUAUGUAUUGCUGAGUCCUCAAGAAUUUCUGGGUGACAGAGGAGCUGUGGUGGUAGCUACCUUGGGCUCAAUUAUUGGGGAUUUACGAUCAGAAGGAAUAGUAAUGGCGAUGCGACUAGUCGAAACGUGUUUAAGAGCCUUGUCCCAUCAGGGGGCACAGCUCAUCAAGCCUCUAUUAACAAAAAUAUUCGAGAGUGUCUACAAAGGCGAGGAGUACCCAAUGGUUAUGUCAAUGUAUUUAUCAAUAGUUGCUCGCGUUUUGUUAGUAUCCAGGGAUAUUUUUGUUCAGGUGAUAGGAGAGUUAUCUAGACAAGUAGGUGGCGGUGAAUGGAGUGAAGAGGCAGUUCUUGGUAGAAUGGUUUCAAUUUGGGUGAACCGAAUGCCUCUUGUUUCGCAAUUAGAAAGACGUAAAUUAUUGGCACUUGGUCUUUGCUCGUUGCUCGGCGCUGACAGUCCGCCCUGCGUUCUUCAACAUUUUCCACGCAUGGUAUCAAAUAUUGUUGAAGCCUUGAACGAUAUUACAAAGAUCGACGACAUGGGCUGUCCCAUCGAUUCUCUGAUGAUCAGCGAUCAACCAAGUCCCUCUCAAUACGAAGAUGUAGAUUAUGAGACGGAACAUGAACAACGAAGAAGAAGACUAGCGUUUGGAGAUCCGGUACACAGUGUCUCUUUGCAAGACACGCUUCAAGCCCAACUCAUCGCGCUUCGAAGAUUUGUAGGAGAGAGCCAGUUCGAUCAAAUGAUGCUCACUCUAAAUUCUGAUACUGAUCAACAGCUCAAGGAGUAUAUAUCACUAUCGAGUUGAGCUGCACUGACUAAAGUGUAUGGUGAAUUGACUUCAAUUGGAUGCUACAUAACGUGUAAAAAGCUUAACGACGCACUAUCGUAAAAUGGCACUAUUUUAUUGUAUGAUAUUCUUUGUUUUGCUGUACUAUUAAUAAUGUUGAUAAUAAAAAAGACCUAUACGUCA